UUCAUUUGACCUAAAUCAGUCAAACCGUAACUCAACCCUGACCACCUUCUCUAUAUAAUAAAUUGCACCCAAAACCCUUCACACCACCAUUCAAUCCCUCCUCCUUUUCCGAUCCGAUCUCCGAUCGUCCGAUCCCGGCGCAUUGAGAUGGAGCACGCUACCGGCAAGGGAGGCAACAAGCCCGUGAAAACGAAAGUCAAGUUCGUCGACGAUGAGGAAACCAAAGUCGUCAAGGCCUCCGACGCCUUGCCUCUGCCGCUCUACCUCACCAACGCCGUCUUCUUCACUCUCUUCUUCUCCGUCGCCUACUUCUUGCUCACCAGCUGGCGUGAGAAGAUCCGUUCCAACACGCCUCUCCACAUCCUCAAUCUCUCUGAGCUCGUCUCCAUUUUGGUCUUGGUUGCGUCCUUCGUCUACCUCCUCGGCUUCUUCGGCAUCGAUUUCGUUCAGACCCCAGCUCUCAAGGACGAAGAAGAAGAAGAGGAAGACAUUAUUGUCCACGAGGAUGCUCGCAUAGUCCCUUGCGGCCAAGCCCUCGAGAUUGCCCCAAUUGCUUCCGCUAAAGUUACCCAGAAGGUGUCUUAUGAAAAGCCAGCCAUCGAGACCCCGCCACCAACUGCAGAAGAUGAGGAGAUUAUCAAGGCUGUGGUGGCUGGAACCAUUCCUUCAUACUCACUCGAGACGAAGCUCGGCGAUUGCAAGAGGGCAGCUUCUAUUAGGCGGGAGGCUUUGCAGAGAGUUACAGGCAAGUCUUUGGAGGGUUUGCCUUUGGAGGGCUUUGAUUACGAGUCCAUUUUGGGUCAAUGCUGUGAAAUGCCAGUUGGGUAUAUCACCAUUCCUGUUGGGAUUGCUGGGCCUCUUAUGCUCGAUGGAAGAGAAUUCUCAGUCCCCAUGGCCACCACUGAAGGUUGCUUGGUGGCUAGUACCAACCGUGGUUGCAAAGCUAUCAACUUGUCCGGUGGGGCUUCAAGUGUGCUUUUGAAGGAUGGAAUGACCAGAGCACCUGUUGUCAGAUUCAACUCUGCUAAGAGAGCGGCUGAGUUGAAGUUCUUCAUGGAAGAUCCCGACAAUUACGAAACCAUCUCUAUGGUUUUCAACAAAUCAAGCAGAUUUGGUAGGCUUCAGACCAUCAAGUGUGCAGUUGCUGGGAAGAACCUGUACAUGAGAUUCUGCUGCAGUACCGGUGAUGCUAUGGGGAUGAACAUGGUCUCUAAAGGUGUUCAAAACGUUCUUGAUUUCCUCCAGAAUGACUUCCCUGACAUGGAUGUCAUUGGCAUUUCUGGUAACUACUGCUCAGACAAAAAGCCUGCUGCUGUUAACUGGAUUGAAGGCCGUGGCAAAUCUGUGGUUUGCGAGGCUGUUAUCAAGGGAGGCAUAGUGACGAAGGUGUUGAAAACCAAUGUGGCGGCCUUGGUGGAGCUUAACAUGCUCAAGAAUCUUACUGGUUCUGCAAUUGCUGGUGCCCUUGGUGGUUUCAAUGCACAUGCCAGUAACAUUGUUUCAGCAGUCUACCUAGCCACUGGUCAAGAUCCAGCUCAGAACAUCGAGAGUUCUCACUGUAUCACCAUGAUGGAAGCCAUCAAUGAUGCCAAGGAUCUUCACGUCUCAGUGACCAUGCCUUCUAUUGAGGUCGGCACAGUAGGAGGAGGCACCCAACUGGCAUCGCAGUCGGCUUGCUUGAACUUGCUCGGAGUGAAGGGUGCCAACAGAGAGGCACCAGGAUCCAACGCAAGGCAGUUGGCGAGUGUUGUAGCUGGUGCUGUUCUUGCUGGAGAGCUGUCUCUCAUGUCUGCCAUUGCGGCUGGACAACUUGUUAAGAGCCACAUGAAAUACAACAGAUCUAGCAAAGAUGUCACAGCUGUUGCUUCCGCAUAAGAUCUUCAAGAUGCCGACGUUUAAAAGCCUUGAGAGUAGAUGGCUCUUAGGCAAAGCUUCCUGCAGAAGUUAGAUCUAGCUGAGGGGGCCUCUGUUCAGAGGCCCCCUGCAUUCUUUAUUGUCUUUUCCUUUGUAAAUUUUUGCAUCUCCUGUUAGUACAUUGGAACUCAAUUUGAAAAACAACUGUUCUUCGUA